GUGCUUCUUUGCAUGACGCGGUGGCCCAGGUACCUUCUGGUGUAAGCGUGAUGCGAACACACUGAGGGGUUCCAUCACUGUUGGGCUCACCAUAGACCCAGUUGGCGAAAGAGAAGACUGUCUGUUUAGAUGCCCAGUAGAUAAAAGGCAUUAAGAAACUUUCAAUGUCUGCUUGCUCUUUUGCUGUUUCAAUGCUGAUUAGAUCCUUGCGAUUGGUUUUGCAGAAUUCGAAAGCUUUCCGCCAAGGCUACAAGAAAGAAUCAAGUGGAAACUCAUGAAACGUGCGUUGUUACGUCGGAUAAACACAAAGCUUUUUCAUUUUACCUGUUGGUGUCACUGCCUUCUCUCCUACGGCUGAAUGUGAGUCUGCGUGGACUACACCUGAUCCUUGCUGAGAAAAUGGAUUUCUGAAAAAAUUAAAACUGAAGAACGUACCGUUGAACAAGAGGACACCAAAGAUGCAGGCCACGAUACUUGGUUGGACUGAAACGUACGAAGCGGUCAGUGAUCUCUUCGCCAGCCUCAUUUUGACCCUAGAGUGAUUGCGGAUCAAAAUGCUAAAAGGAUAGGUCAGGAACUAAUAAAAAAAAACGGACAAAAUAAAAGGUGGCCUAUACCUUGGGGAUAGUCGAUCUCAGGUCAACGAUCCAGUUUGAAAUUAAGUAUCGUUUGCCUCCACCUUCCGGGUUCAGUGACUUUUGACUUCUAAGAGUAAAAUUGAGGUUUUUAGGAAAACAUCCGCUUGGCAAAAACCGGACAUGAAAGGAUAUCGAGAUUGAGGAGCGAAAACAUCGUAUACCUACAAAUGAGAUAAAUACUUAAUUGCUCUGUCAAGUAAGAACAUGAAGUUAUCAGAUUUCAUCAUCGAUUCGAAGGAUAUUAUUCAAUUUUCGAUUCAUCGACGCUCCGUUAAACGAGGGCGUGGAGGAUGUGAUACGAGAAGUCAUGGAAGGGAUCAAUGCCAUCUCGAAAGAAAGAGGUCGUGUCAUUGACUUCAAAGAGCUACUCUACGGAUAUUACCGAGUCAACCCGCGACUCGCCUUUGACUACAUACUGGACUUGCUCUUGGUGUACAAGAAGUACCGAGGGCGAAAAAUGAUAUUUCCCGUCCGGCGGCAUGCGUACCUUCAACAGGCGUUUGGACCUUUGCAAUUGCGUAGGAGCCCUCUAGUCGCUCACGAGUCUUCCAAUAGGAUACAUUUUGUUCUACCACUCUCCGGCCGAUUGGCUAUUUUUCAGCGUUUUAUGAACAAUUUUCAACGCGUCUGCGUAGAACCUGACGAAAAUGUUCGACUGGUCAUUGUCCUGUACCCUACAAUGGAAAACGAGGAUCCAUCUGAUGAGAUCAAGAGCAUCGUACUGGCUUUUCAAAGGCGAAUUCGUGGUCGCAAGCUUCAAGUGGAACUGAUUGAGCGACAAGAAGCGUUCGCUCGUGCAGCUGCCUUGGAAACGGGCAAAUCGAGCUGUCAACUCGAAGAUGAUUGUCUGUUGGCCUUUAUUGACGUGGAUAUGGUUUUCACAGAGAAAACGUUGCACCACAUCAGAUCGCAUACGAUCCGUGGCCGCCAAGUGUACUUCCCCAUUGUUUUCAGUCAGUUUGAUCCGUCUUUCAGAGCCCCGCUGACCUAUUCUGUUGACUCUGAAAUCGCUGUUGACGUCUUCGAGAUCGACGACGACCGGGGGUACUGGCGUUUCUACGGCUUUGGUAUCGUUAGCGUCUAUCGCAGUGACCUGGAGAGGGUGGGUGGCAUGAACACGUCCAUUCAUGGAUGGGGCCAAGAGGAUGUCGAUCUUUACGAUCGAACCGUAGCCCACGCGGAUUUGGCUGUUUUCCGGGCACCUGAUCCCGCACUCGUCCACGUCUUCCACCCGAUUGCCUGCGAUGGUUCCAAAUUGACGGACAAGCAGAAGAAGAUGUGCAUCGGUACACGUGCAGGAACUUAUGCGAGUCAACAGCGGCUGGCCCGUUAUUGGAUUGACAAUCACUCGUACGCAGGCGAAUAAGAACGUCAAAUGGUCAGUUUUUCUUCCUAACCCGGAACAGUUUUCUUGCCAUUCCUUUAGUUUAUUAUGCGAUGUGAAGAAAUCGAUAAUGGAUUUCACUACCGUGCUGUGCCUUUUUCGUAUUCUAGUGCGGAUCUAAUCAAUACAUCGCCAAGAGUGAG